AUGCGACCACCACCGCCGCGAGAGCUCGAUGCCGCAUCGAUCCAACUCGACAGGCUCGUCAUUCAACGACCCGCCAAGCUCGAACGGUUCUCUUCGACAGCCACCACUGCUACAGCAAGGGCCUCGUCGCCUUUGAACGAUGAUGACUCGCCGCCUCCAACAGCGACACAGUCCCCACGUCAUUCGCAUGCUUCAGAUCUUUCUGCUCUCCUGUUCUCGUCCAGCGCAUCAGCUUCGAAACCCUCGCACAAUGACAUUUCAAGUCGCACCAGCAUGACGAGCCCCGACUCGUGGCGUUCGCUUCUUCCCGAGCAUGAUCCCUACUUUGCGUCCGAUCGCCAGCCGCGCAUCUCCCGGCAAGAUCUCUCACCGCACAGCUUGCCUCCCACCUCGAGCGCUUUCGAUAUCGAUGCGUACGCAGCAGCCAAGUCGUCGCCUCGCAUUUCGACCAGCGAUCGUAUGUCCAGCUCGUCUCUCGGCACCUCUCGCACCUCCUUCAGCAGCAUCAUCAGCGGGCCCUCGACCAUGUCCAUGUCCAAUCUCAGCAUGUCCAACAGACAGUCGCAGGACUCGGUGAGGUCAGAUAGCUGGCGAAGUCUGUUGCCGGACGACGACCGCUACCAUGCCUCGCGUGAUUCUAGCUCCGCCAUCCCACCAUUAGGCCUGUCGCCGAAUCUCGCAUCGCCUGCGCUCUCCGACCGUCUCGAAUCGCCCACGUCGUCGGACGGCUCCCAUCAGCGCUCAGCACUCUUUGCGCUUCAGACCCCUCGAUCAGCUGGUCAGACUUCUUCGACCGAUUCCGACUCGGCGGCUCGUCGACAUGCGAGCUUCUCCAGCGCAGAGCCCAACAACUCAAAGGCACACACCGCGAGGCGUGUCAUGCUUGCUUCAGCUCGCCCGUUCACCAAGUCUGCUUCUCAGCAUUUUGAGCGCUCUGCUCUUGCUUAUGCUUCAUCCUCUUCGUCGUCUUCCUCGACUGGCGUAGUGUCGCCGCCUGCGCGCGACUCGCUCGAAGCCGCACGUAUGACGCCAGGUCUCUCCCAGUCGACGGCAGAAGACGACUUGGGCGAGCGCGACACUUGGCCUACCAGCCGAAUGGGCCCCUACGGCCGUUACGGUCCUUCUUCGUCCAGCUCCUCGGGUCCGUCGACGCCAGAGACAGCACCGUCGCCAGAGAACGGUCCGACGCCCAAGAGCAAGCUGACCGCGGCCGCGCUCGAGGAGCAGGACCGCACACCUCUGCGAAUCAUCAAGACAUCGGACCAUGCAGACUCAGUCGCAGAGGACGAGUCGACUUCCGCGACUACGACCGCGAGAAGACCCUCAUUGAAUGAUGAGGCAGCUCCUGCUUUCAACAAGGCGCGAUCGGAAGCAGACGCGGGCGACUCUCCCCAGAUCGUGGAGAACGACGAUGAUGGUCUUCAGUACCCGACUAGCAGGCAGCGCACCUCUUCGUGCAGCAUUUCGACUCCCAUCAGUCCUUCGUGCAUGCCAUUCUUCGGCAAAAGAUCCGCUCCAGCCGGGGCAAGCAUAGCGAUGGCGACCGAGCGUAGCAAGUACGUCGUGCUCGUGUCUCUACCUGGGUUCUCGCUCAACUGCAUUACGCUGGCUACCAAGCGCAACGCACACGACAGCACGUUGCACGUUGUCGCCGACAAGUGGGACGCUGAAGGAGGCGGACAUUUUGAACGCCGCGUUCACUUUUCGGAGAAGGACUGCGACUUGGCCAAUGUCAAGGCCGAGUUUGACGGCAACACGCUGCGAGUCACGCUCCCCCGCAAGUCCAAGGCCGGCAACCUCUCGAGCUCUUCCAGCAGUGUUCGAUUUUGA